UCUUUUGAGCUCACACUUACUACUUUACACACUUACUAUGGCUACUGCAAAAAGCGCUUCGUAUGACUAUUUAAUCAAACUUUUGUUGAUUGGCGACUCGGGUGUGGGUAAAAGCUGCUUGCUGCUUCGCUUUUCCGACGACUCGUUCACACCAUCUUUCAUCACGACCAUUGGCAUUGAUUUCAAGAUUCGUACUAUUGAAUUGGACGGCAAGCGCAUCAAGUUGCAAAUCUGGGAUACUGCUGGUCAAGAACGUUUCCGUACCAUCACGACCGCGUAUUAUCGUGGUGCCAUGGGUAUUCUUUUAGUGUACGAUGUCACGGACGAAAGAUCGUUUGGAAACGUGAGAAACUGGUUCUCGAAUAUUGAACAACACGCAAGCGAAGGUGUCAACAAGAUCCUGAUUGGCAAUAAGUGUGAUAUGGAAGAAAAGCGGGUGAUUACGACCGAGCAAGGUCAGGCCUUGGCCAAUGAACUGGGCAUCCGAUUCAUGGAGACUAGCGCAAAGGCAAACAUUGGCGUUGAAGGAGCUUUCUUUGAUCUCGCAAGGGACAUUAAGAAGCGAUUGAUUGAUACGCAACAAGCGCAGCAGACGCGUCAAAGAGAAGAAGUCAGACUUGAUCCAGCGACGCCGGCAAAGAGUAGCGCCUCGUCUGGAACUUGCUGUCAAUAAUAAACUUACCCACAACUACUACCCUCUCAACAAAACUCUUUCUCUCUCUCUCUCACUUUCUCUCUGUCAGACGACACAGACAUAUACUACACAGACCACAGCAACAACAGCAGCAACAACAAUAA